AUGAUUACUUUCAUUAGAUCAUUGGGAAAGAAUAUGUUGUAUGCAGGUGUUGGAUUAAUACUAACCCCUGUUGCUCCGUAUGUUGGAUUGCCAAUGUUGGUGGGUUCUGUUAGCUCGGGUGUCUAAGCAAUAGUAAGGGGAGCAAGAGAAAUUGCAGAUGAAAAAGAUGGAGAUGUUUACUUUGUAUACUAUGAUCUUGAUUCUGUUGGUUUGCUCAUUGUAAAGCUUGGUUUUCAACUGGUCCUAAUUCUUAUGUCACAUUUGAAAUAACAGCAGAUAAGAAUACAGGAAUAAUUGAAACUAAAUGAACGUCAAUUCAAGGAUUUGGUAAAAGCAAGAAUAGUAAAACAAAAGAAUUGCAAUUAGUAAAAUUAGAAUAAAGUGGGAGCCUUGGAUCUGAAAAUCGAAAAAUUGACUGGAUAAAAUAUCAAUAUAGACGAAAUAAAAGUAUUCUGGAGAUUGAGGCAUAUGCAAAAAGACUCUUUAGAAACCAUAACUAUGAUUGGUGGAAAAACAAUUGUCAAACAUUUGCCAGGAAAUUGGUUUAAUAUUCGGUAAGUUGAUUAAAAAUGA